UUUUCACCCAUCUUAGAGAGUGUAAUGUGUAUGUAGCAGUAGGCCAGUAGCCACCUAAAUUUCAAUUUCCAAUUCUAAUUUCAAUUUGAGUAGUGAGUCCCUGAAAAUCAAGCAUUCAACAAUGGCGAAUCAACUCUACGGCCACCAAAAACAAUCCUCCAGCAUCUACAAUUCCUCUUCAAGAUCCGCCAUUGAUGCAUACCAUCCAGAACAACAACAACCAUCUUCCCUUCGAACCUCUUCUCGCUACCUCUUCGACCCUCACUCUCUCUCCUGUGACCCUCCUUCCUCUUUCUAUCGAACUACUCCUUCCGAUUCUCAUCCUCUUCGCUACUCCUCCUCUGACCGCCACUCUCUCUCCUCCAUUGACAACCUUGGACUCACCUCUGCUGCUUCCAGAAUGUACGUUCCUACUGCUACUUCCACCUCUUUGUGGCCUUCUUUCGACGCUUCUUCUACUCUCAGUAAGCGCCCUUCUAAAGCUCUCUACGAUCAUCCUGUUCUGGGUGCCCAUAUGAUUGGGCAAAAUGAGGCUUGGUUUACUUCUGAUUUUUUGGCCAAGCGCCCUAGAUUGGAGAGUGCAAGCAAUUUACCAAUUUAUCCACAAAGACCUGGAGAAAAGGACUGCUCGUACUAUAUGCUUACUAGAAUCUGUAAGUUUGGAGAUAAUUGCAAGUUUGAUCACCCUAUCUGGGUUCCUGCAGGUGGAAUUCCUGAUUGGAAAGAGCCUGCCUCAGUUCCUUCUUCUGAUUCCCUUCCUGAAAGACCUGGAGAACCAGACUGUCCGUACUUCCUAAAGACUCAAAAAUGCAAAUUUGGUCAGAUGUGCAAAUUUAAUCAUCCGAAGGAUAAACUGGAUUCAUCUAGCUGUAAAACCGAUGAUCCAGAUUUACCUGAUAGACCAUCUGAGCCUGUUUGUUCGUUCUACAUGAAAAUGGGAAAAUGUAAAUUUGGUACAUCAUGCAAAUUUCAUCAUCCUAAAGAUAUUAAAGUCCCAUCAAAUAAACAAGAAGCUGGUGAUGGAGUGCAGACUCAUUCAAUUGAUCAGAAUGGUAGUGAUGGUACUGCUGGUGAUGGAAAUAUAAUCAAACCCACCUCAAAUGCUGCAUUAUCAUAUAACUCGAAAGGACUGCCUAUGCGCCCGGAUGAAGUUGAUUGCCCAUUCUACAUGAAAACUGGCAGCUGUAAAUAUGGGAUCACUUGCCGAUACAAUCAUCCUGAUAGGAAUGAAUUGUUGUCUCCCUACUCAGUUAUCAAUCCCACUGCUGCAAUGGUUGGCCAUACAGUUUUUCCUUCAUUAGCAAACUUUAAUGUGGGGUUUGUCAAUCCAGCUGCCUCCAUUUUCCAAAGUCUUCAACCUGGGCUGGCUCAAACAAUGUAUGGACCGGUUCCAAUGAUGUACCCUCAGCGGCCUGGCCAGAUUGAAUGUGAUUUCUAUAUGAAAACUGGAGAAUGUAAAUUUGGAGAAAAGUGCAGGUUCCAUCAUCCUAUAGACAGAUCUGCACCCACAAGAAACCAGACCCUGGAACAAAAUGUUAAAUUUACCCUCGCGGGUCUUCCGAGGAGAGAGGGUGUUGAACAUUGCCCCUUUUAUAUGAAAACUGGCACAUGUAGCUAUGGGGCUAAUUGCAAGUUUGACCACCCGCCUCCAGGAGAGGUCAUGGCCGUGGCAGGACAGGAAACUUCCACAAAAGCUGAAGAGGAAGAAACCGAGGAUGGAGAGAAUGUCGCAACAGCUGAAUAAUAGCGGCAGACUGUUAAGAUUGUUGUAUAAGUUCAGAAAAGCUGUUUAUGAUUCCUGUUGAUUUGUAGUUAUGUGAUUAUGUUUUCGUCAUGUUAAUUGUCUAAUCUAUGCAUACUUUUUACUGUUUGACAGCCAUCAAAUUUAAAUCAUUCAGGUGUUCAGUACUUCAGUGGUUGUGUAAUCGCUUGAUACUAGUGAUAUCUUAUUCCCAAACUGCGCUUAAUAUUUCUUUUGCUUGCGCAUGUGUAUUGUUAACAGGCCUGAUUAUUGGGCAAGUCGGGGCUG